AUGGGCUUUAAACUACCUUCCACCGACGGUCGUGUCGUCACGGUCCUGGGCGGUGGCGUCCUCGGCCGCCGUAUCGCGUGUGCCUGGGCCGCUUCGGGCUUCGACGCCGUCAUUCGCGAUCCGAGCCAGGAGCAGCGCAUCGCCGCCGUGCACUACUGCGAGACGAGCUUUGGCCAGUACUCGGACUCUGCGAAGCGCGGCGCGGUGUCUGCCACGGAGGAUCUCAAGGAGGCUGUGUCGAGAUCGUGGCUGGUUAUCGAAGCCGUCCCGGAGAAGCUGCCGCUCAAGAUUUCCACGUUUGCCGACCUGGAAAAGGUUGCGCCGGCCGACGCGAUCCUGUGCAGCAACUCGUCGUCGUACAAGAGCCGCGAAAUGAUUGACGGCCUGCAAGAGGCCACGAAACAGCGCAUCCUCAACAUGCACUACUACAUGCCGCCGCGCAACCGCAUCGUGGAGCUCAUGACCGACGGCUACACGGACGAGGCCAUUUUUCCGUUCCUCGUGGAGAAGCUCAAGGCUGUGGGCAUGCAUCCCUAUGUCGCGCGAAAGGAGUCUACCGGCCUCAUUUUCAACCGUCUGUGGGCAGCCAUCAAGCGAGAGGUGCUCACGAUCCUGGCCGAGGAGGUUUCCACGCCCGAGGAAAUCGACAAGCUCUGGGCCGAGGUCUGGGCCGGCAAUAAGAGCGGUCCCGUCGGCAUGAUGGAUGCUGUCGGCCUCGACACCGUGUCGUUUAUCAAGCAGCACUACAUUGACGAGCGCGGACUACCAGACACGCCAGUCAAGUUUCUCCAAAAGUACAUUGAUGAAGGCCGUCUCGGAACCAAAUCUGCCAAGGGAGGCCUGCUGCCUCCCGGAUCUGCCACUCAGAGUGGCAGCGGCGACGCCGACAACUUGCAUGCGCCUCUUUUGUAUUUCCUUGAUAUUGGCCUUGCUGCCGAACCGCAUGAAGCUUUUACUGCCGGCCGCGUCUUGGUUGGCGCCUCGGAUGAGCGUCCCCUGAAGCCUCUGGUUCACAAGCAACAUACGCCCGACGGCAUUGAUGUUGCAUUGUCGGCCGGCAAGCUCUUUUGGACGAGCAUGGGGAUUCCCGACAAGAAUGACGGCUCAAUCUGGAGCUCCAACCUGGACGGCAGCGACGCCAAGAUUGUGAUCCCCGCCGGAUCGGUGCACACCCCAAAACAGCUCGUCGUCGACCAAGUCCACUCGAAGCUCUACUUUUCCGACCGCGAAGGUCUGCGCGUCCACCGCAGCAAUUUUGACGGCUCUGACUUUGAAACCAUAAUCGAAACCGGCGACUUUCGCAACCCCGAGCACCAGGGCGACGCGACGCGCUGGUGCGUCGGCGUCUUUGUCUCCCCCGCGACCGGCAAGUUCUACUGGACGCAAAAGGGACCGUCCAAGGGCAACAAGGGCCGCAUCCUCCGCGCCAACAUUGACUUUCCCCGAGGGGAGACGGCCAAGAACCGCACAGAUAUUGAGACGCUGCUCACCAAGCUGCCCGAGCCGAUUGACCUGGACAUGGACGAGGAGCGCGGAUACCUGUACUGGACGGACCGGGGCGAGCUGCCUCUGGGUAACAGCAUCAAUCGCGUCAAGCUGGACGGCAUCGAGCCCCUGCAGGACUCUAGCCCUAGGAGUUUGCCUGGGAAGAACUAUGAGCUGCUGGUGAGGAACUUGCACGAGGCGAUUGGCAUCAAGCUGGAUCUGAGAAAUGGGCACCUGUACACGACGGAUUUGGGCGGGGCGGUGUAUAGGUUUAAUCUGGAUGGUGGUGAUAGGAAGAGAUUGUAUGAGGGGCAAGGUGCGUUUGCGGGAAUUGCCUUGGCUUAUGUUUAG